AUGCAUUACAUUUCCUGAUAUUCAUACAUGUCCUCACCAUCCUCCUCGUCACAUUAUAUAUAUACCUGUCCGGAAAGGCUCCAGGAAGGUCCGAGUCCCCAGCAAACGUCAACCGAGCCAGUUUCCAGAGUUCAAGGAAUUGCCAGACCAUAUGGCUUCAGUGACGAUGAGUACUUUCGUGGCGCUGCCAAAGGUCAAACUCAAACAGCUUGUUGGCACAUUCGAACCCAGUAUCGAGCUACUUAAUAAACUUCGUGGUCUCUUGGUACCCUCGCCGACGACAAGCCAGAAAGUGACCUCUGCAAAGUAUUCUGCUCACCUACCGUUACAGCCAAAUCGACGACAAUCACAGAGCGUGUGCUAUGACGGCGGCACCGACCUUGUUUACCCCUCCAGUAUCACACGAAGCGAACCAAGAGACAUUCGAGCAGUGAAGGCUCAUCGGUCACCCAGACACAGCCCAAAGAGAACUAGGACCACACGACAAGUCUCACACGUUUUGCCACGCCUCGUACACGACAAUGUGCUAGACCCGUGGGACAUUCUUCCAGGCGAACGUGAAGGCUAUGCCAUCACGUUUACAUCUUCUGUUACUCUAGAGAGCUUGAUACAUAGUUCGUCUAGAAUCCCAUCGGAAGAUGCAGAUUCAUACUUCAAGCAAGCAAUCCUGGGACUGGAAUACCUCCAUCGUUCAAAUGUUGCGCAUCAAGAUCUACGACCUGAGAACCUGAUCAUUACCGUUAACAAUGUGUUGAAGAUCUCAAAUUUCGAAAAGGCACACUAUUCCGGCCCGUCAAGUAAAAGCCAACAGGUGCCAAGGAGAAAUAGUUGCUCUACUCCUGAGUAUGUGGCACCAGAAGUCUUCGUGAAUUCUUCGUAUGAUGCACAAGCCGUGGAUAUGUGGGCUAUGGGUAUCAUAUACAUAGAGAUGAGGAGAGGCAAAUUGCUCUGGAUCGUUGCCGCCGAGGGGGCAGAUGAGUGUUAUGACAGGUACUUGCAGGAAAGAGUUAGUCUUUGGGGAUAUCGGCCUAUCGAGAACUUGAACAAUGAACAUUGCGGCAGAGUGAUCACUUCUCUGCUCGACCCUGCACCAGCACAAAGAUACACAGCGUCGAGGGUUUUAAAAUCAACUUGGUGUAGCGCCAUUAAGCCUCGUAUUCCUAAUAUAAAUGAAACGCCAUAACCCUUAACUCCUUCCAUCUAGUAAAAGAAAUCCUCAUGAUACCCUACAAUGUGAACUG